AAUAAAAAUACGCGGACGACGGCUUUUCCAUUCCGUCGUUUUGUCCCCGGGUGGCGUGAUCGGCCACCCGCCGUCGCUCCCGUCGACGUUUUAAAUUUAACAAAAAUGAUUUAAAUGGCAAAUAAUCGAAUAAAAAAUGCGCGUAAAAGGCCCGGAAGUGGGAAACGUCCGGAUGUGAUUUUAUUCGGAGAGACGAGAUAACGCGCCAUCGAGAGUCACGUGUGGGGAAGUCGCGGCCUUAUUGGAUUAGAGAGGAACCGUUCGGAAGAUGGCGGCGCCGAACGGUGGCAACAGCCAGCAACUGAGGAGGAGGAACGUGGCCAGAGACGUUCGUCAGACGAACAGCAACAGAUUAAUUAAAGAAGAAAAAGAGAAUAAGUGCGUCGCGCUCUCUCCCAACUCCUACUGGCUGAACAGAAUCCUAUUUUUGCAUUGUUUGGGUUUUAUUUACAGUGUUGCAUUUUUGGUUGCCUGUCAUCAAAACAAAGCGUUAUUAGGUAGAAAUGGCUUACUACCAGUGCAUCUCUACUUGAAACAGAUAAAGGAACAAGCAGAAGGAAAUCCUUUUCAGUGUUUCUUUUAUGCGCCUACGCUAUUAUGGCUGGUAGACAAAGAAAAUAUCGACUUUUACCUGGAUCUUCUAGCUUAUACGGGACUAGUUAUUUCAUUAUUGAUCACGGUCACCGGGUGUUCUAACAUGAUUGCCAUGAUAACUUUGUGGAUUCUUUAUCAUUCUAUUGUUAAUGUAGGACAAAGGUGGUAUUCGUUUGGGUGGGAAUCGCAGCUUCUCGAAACGGGAUUUCUGGCAAUAUUCUUCUGCCCCUUGUGGACGUGGAAGAGACUGCCCCGGAAUACGCCACCAUCUCCUAUCGUCGUGUGGGGUUACAGGUGGCUUCUCUUCCGCAUCAUGAUCGGAGCGGGUCUGAUCAAGAUUCGAGGCGACAGAUGUUGGCUGAAUCUAACUUGCAUGAACUAUCAUUACGAGAAAUUAACUUCGUAUUCUAGCAUUACAAAAGUAAGAACAGAAGUGAUAAUCGAAGGAACAUACGAUCACGAUCCUUCAAGUCCGACGGCACGGUGGGAAGAGUAUGAAUUCAAAUGCAAACCUGGAAAUACGACAAAAACACCCUGUCUUAUUUCACCGUAUCACUACCGGCUCGACUGGCUCAUGUGGUUUGCCGCUUUUCAGAAUUAUCAGUAUAAUCCCUGGCUUAUACAUCUUGCAGUUAAACUGCUUGAAAAUGACGACACUGUUAUGUCAUUAAUAAGUUUUAAUCCUUUUGAAGGAAGGAAACCUCCAAAGUUCAUACGUGCAGAACAUUAUCAUUACACAUAUACGAAAAUUGGUAGCGAGGAGGCUAAAAAUGGCCACUGGUGGAAGCGAAAACAUGUGGCAAACUAUUUACCACCGGUUUCUCUCGGCACCCUAAGCCCGGUCGUAAAAAGAUUUGGCUGGAAAUCGAGAACUGACUUGUGAUGAUAAUUGGUGCUUAAAAAAGAAAGUAAAAUACAGUAUUGUUCUAGAAAUGUGAUGAUAUUAAAAAUUGUUUCUUACUUUUUAUAAAACAAAUGGAAAAUUUAAAUUAUGUAAUCUUGCAUUAUCCUGAUUUCCCACAAACAUUUAACUUAAGUUUAUACUGCAACAAAUAAAAAUUAUUACUAACUAGUCAAAUAUCUUUAAAAUAUUUUAAUGUACUUUACAAAACUACAUUGUUGCUUAGUUUUAUAUCUGUAUAAUAAUCUAUAAAUAAAUUUUACUUAUGGAAUUUUA